AUGGCUGCAUCGAAAGCUAUCGUUAAAUGUGUACUUUCCGGAGAUACACUAAUCAUCCGUGGCAAACCUACCGGAAACCAACCUCCACGAGAAAAGCAAUUAAGUCUGGCUUAUAUCCAGGCGCCGAGAAUGGGAAGUCAGAAAAAAGAUGAUGAACCUUUUGCAUUCGAAUCUCGGGAAUAUCUUCGUUGUCUGAUCGUGGGUAAAGAAGUUACAUUUCGUAUCGACUACACUAUUCCUACCACAAAUAGAGAAUAUGGGACGGUUUUUUUGGGGAGUGAAAACGUCACUCAAUUGAUUGUAAAAGAAGGAUGGGCAAAAGUUAGGGAAGACGGUCGCAAGAAUAAGGAUGAGAGUAGAGGUGAAGAAGUGGAUAAUCUUGUUACAUUGGAAUCUGCUGCGCAAACAGCAGGUAAAGGAGUGUGGGGAGAUAAAGACAAGUAUUCUCGCAAUGUCAAUUAUACAUUACAAGAAGAUGCUCGAACGUAUUUGAACAAAUAUAAGGGUUUAAAAGUUGAUGGCAUUAUCGAACAAGUACGUGAUGGGUCUAGUCUUCGCGUCUUAUUCAUUCCUCCAGCGCCUGCGCCCCAACAAUACCUAAAUAUAAACAUAUCUGGCAUAAAAGCUCCAACUGUACGAAAGGAUAUUCCAGACGUGGAAGAUCUUGUAGAGCCUUAUGGCGAAGAGGCGAAAUAUUUCGUUGAAUCAAGAUUGUUACAAAGGAAUGUAAAGGUGAUAUUAGAAGGGUUAUCUGGAAACAACCAAGCCUUUUCGGCGACCAUUUUGCAUCCUGCAGGAAAUAUUGCAGAAUCUAUUGUAGCUGCAGGUUUGGCCAAAGUUGCCGAUUGGAGUAUUACAGUAGUUACAGAUGGUCCGACUAAAUUGCGCGAAGCCGAAAAGAAAGCCAAAGAAAAGAGAAUACGUCUUUGGCAAGACCAUGUUAUAAGAAAUAAAGUUGGAGGCGAUGAUCAUGAUUUUGAAGGCACUGUUACGCGUAUAGUCUCUGGUGACACACUUCAUGUAAGAGUAAAUCGCACUGGAGUUGAAAAAAAAGUACAAUUAUCCAGCGUCAGACAGCCAAAACCAAAAGAUACCAAAUUUCCGGAAUAUAAUUUUGAGGCUAAAGAAUUUUUACGGAAGAAAUUAAUCGGCAAAACUGUUCGAGUAAUAAUUGAUUAUCAAAAGCCCGCUUCUGAAGGAUAUGAAGCAAAAGAAUGUGCCACAAUUAAACUUGGGGAUUUUAAUCCAGCCGAGGCGCUUGUUGAACGAGGGUUGGCGCAUAUUAUUCGGCACAGAAAAGAUGACGAAGAUCGUUCUAGUUGUUAUGAUCAACUUUUAAUAGCCGAUCAAAAGUAUGCAAGAGUACAUAGCGCCAAGGAACCGCCGGUUUACAGAAUUACUGAUGCUUCAGAGUCUUUAUCAAAAGCUCGUCAAUUUUUACAUUCUCUGCAAAGAUAUGGUCGCGUUCCUGGUAUUGUUGACUUUGUAAACAGUGGAUCAAGAUUUAAAAUUUAUAUCCCUAAAGAAAGUUAUAAGCUAACGUUUGUGCUCAGUGGUAUACGCUGUCCUCGACCUGGUCGUACUCCCACAGAUAAAUCUGAGCCAUUUGCUGUUGAAGCACUUGAAUUUGCAACACGUAAAGUAUUACAACGCGAUGUCGAGAUAGAAGUGGAAAAUGUUGAUAAAAUGGGCGGGUUCAUAGGUUCAUUAUGGUUAAAUAAGACGGAAAAUUUUGCGACAUUGUUACUACAAGAGGGUUUUGGAGUUGUUCAUUCGUUCAGUGCUGAUCAAAGCUCUCAUUCUAAGGAACUAUAUGCUGCUGAGCAAAUUGCCAAGGACGAGAAAAAAAAUAUUUGGUCAUCACAAGACUCGGAUCCCAUAAAUGAAGUAAAUGAUACGACAACAACCGAUGAAGCUGAGCCUCGCAAAGAAUAUGUAGAUGUUGUAAUUUCAGAAAUCAUUUCAGGAGGGCAUUUUUAUGUUCAAGUUGUCAACGAGAGCAACAUUCGUGGUUUAGAAAAGAUGAUGUCUGAGUUUGGGUUUUACCAUAAGAACACCGCCGCAAUACCUAAUGUUGAUAAGAUAAAAACAGGACAAAUAGUUAGUGCUCAGUUUACUGAGGAUGACCAGUGGUAUCGUGCUAGAAUAAGAAAGAAUAUUCCUGAGAAAAAGAGUGUAGAAGUUGUAUAUAUUGAUUAUGGAAAUUCAGAAACAAUUCCAUUAUCCCGAAUUCGAUCAAUUCCUGAGAAUUUUAGGCAAUUACCCCCACAUGCAUAUGAGGCAGUGCUUUCGUUUUUGAAAGUACCAGACCGCGAGGCUGACUAUGGUGCCGAAGCCUACGAAAGGCUACGAGACUUUGUUGGUUCCAAACAGCUUGUUGCCAAUAUCGAUUAUCGAGACAAUAAUUUAAUUCAUCUUACUUUAUAUGAUCCAACACAAUCUGAAUCAUCCGAUGCGUCAAUCAAUGCUGAAAUGGUUCGUGAUGGAUUAGCAUUGGUAAAUAAUAAAUUAGGAUAUAUUAAAAAAUAUCCAACUCUGGUUAAGAAAUUGUUUGAGUUACAAGAACAGGCGAAGAAGGAUAGGGUGGGAAUGUUCGAGUACGGUGACGUUACUGCUGACGAUGAUGAAAAAUAUUAUUAA